CGAAAGUCUUCGAAGAGCAUGGAAAAGAUUCUUGAACGGAGCGAACAAAGAAGACAGGUGGCACUGCAAUCCUGACAAAUUGUGACAGAGGUACACAAUGUGCAGAAUUCAAAGUAAUGUUUGGUUAAUUAAUAAUUUCUAUCACAUAUACUAGUGAAACAAAUAAAUAAAUUGUAUAAUAAAAGUCAGAAUAUUCUUUGCUGUACUCUAUUUUUAUUGAUAAAAUGGUGGACGAAGAAGUAAUACGUCGAAGAUUACUAAUAGAUGGGGAUGGAACUGGAGAUGAUCGGCGAAUAAAUAUGCUUUUAAAAUCAUUUAUAAAGUGGGCAAAUAGUCCAGAUGUAGAUAAUACUUUACAUGAAAGAAUGUUAUCCCAACUUGCUCAAUGUGAAUUUGCACAACGAAAGUCUAGACUAGUCUCAAAUAUGAGUCAAGAGGAACUAAAGAGUUAUGAACAAUUAUCGAAGGAGAUUGAAAUUGAAAUAGAGGAAGCUAAAAGAGAUAUAGAGAAAACAAAAGCAGAAUUACAAGAUGCAAAACGUGUUAGAAAGAAUAGAAUUGAAUAUGAUGUAUUAGCAAAGGUUAUAAAUGAGCAACCAGACAGAGUAGAAACCAAUUUAAAACUUGCUACACUAUGUGAAGAAUUAGGGAAAUUAAAGGAAAAAUCUGAACAAUUAGAACAUAAAUUGGAAAUGAGACGUAAACAAUUUCAUGUUUUAAUUUCUUCCAUACAUUCUUUACAAGGAAUGUUAGAUGAGUGUGAUGAAGAAAUAAUGGAUGUAAGUUUAGAAAAUUAUGAAGAUACAGAUACUUCAACACCUUCGAAGACUGAAGCAUCUUAA